CUAACAUCAAGAUUCUGUUAUACGUAAGAUUAUUCAGAUAAUGUGCGGACGUCCGUUAGGAAUCAUUCGCAUAAGAGCUCUGUAGGAUCGAUCCAAUUGUAACUGCAGAUUACGUAAGAUGUAUGUUGUUAAAUGUGUGAAUAUAAACGUAUGUGUUUAAUUUCUUCGUAUGCCUAAAAGUGAUCCUUGUAAAAUCUUUGCAUGCAAAUUGCAGCAGUGUUUAAAAGAUAACGUAUAUCAACCAUCGCGUUGUGAAGCAGUAAUAGAGGAAAUAAGACAGUGUUGCAUCAUACAUGCUGCUGUUUCAAUAGUUUGUGAUGGUAUAGAUACUUCUAAACAAUACGAACACAAUACUGUAGACUAUAAAAAAGCUCAGAGAUAGAAUUCAUCAUGUACGAGAAGAAAAAAAAAUUGAUUCGCCUAUUUGCAUUUACCUUUUUUCCUGCUUUUAUUUCAUGGAACAUAUAUCUAAUGACAAACCAUCCAGAAAUUCCAAAGAAGAAGAAAUAGACGUAGAUGUGAUUUAACAUUUUACCAC